AUGCCACUGACAGUCGAAUUCGACGCGGACAGCGCAACUCCGCCAGACGGCGGUUACGGCUGGGUCUGUGUCGCCUCAUUAUUCUUGGUCAAUUUCUCAACAUGGGGUGCGGUGGCGUCUUUCGGCGUAUAUCUAUCAUACUAUCUCGGCACCGAACUCUUUCCCGACUCGUCGGACCUGGAGUACGCCCUCGUCGGUGGUUUCAACUUUGCGUGCGCGAUGAUCGCGGCUCCGCUUGUGACGAGGCUUACCCACCGCUUCGGCAAAUUCGCGACGAUGUCGAUUGGAAUUGUGCUUCAGACCAGCGGCUACGUUGCGGCCGGCUUUUUGAAUCAAAUCUGGCAGCUCAUGAUUACCCAAGGAAUUCUUGUUGGCCUUGGUAUCGGCUUCAUCUACGUUCCCAGCUUGCCUAUUCUAUCCCAAUGGUUCGAGGCCCGCCGGAGCCUAGCAAACGGGAUUGCGAGUUCCGGCUCUGGUUUCGGAGGAGCUUUAUUCGCCUGGGCGACAGGAGCGAUCAUCGAUGCCUUCGGGCUGCAAUGGGCCCUAUGUGCGACUGGUCUGAUCACCUUUUUUCUUCUUGUCAUUGCGACAAGUCUGCUUCGCGAUCGUAACAAGUACAUUCGACCGCCACAGUUAGCUUUCGAUACUUCUUUGCUCACGAGGUAUGACGUCCAACUUCUGCUUGCGUGGUCUUUCGUGAGUAUGCUGGGCUACAUCACACUUUUGUUCUCAUUGUCCGACUUUGCGCUCUCCAUUGGUUGUUCGCCACAGCGGGCCACUAAUAUCAUCGGCUUCCUGAAUAUUGGCACCGCUAUUGGCCGCCCGGUCAUUGGUAUCGCGAGCGACAAAUCUGACCGGAUCGACGUCGCGGGUGCUUUGACCCUCGCCUGUGGUUUAUCAUGCUUUGCUUUCUGGAUACCAGCUCAAUCUUAUCCGCUUUUGGUGUUCUACUCGCUGCUUGCGGGCGCCACAUUAGGGGUGUUCUGGAUGACAAUCGGUCCCCUUUGCGUCGAAGUUGCUGGACUUGUGCAUCUACAGUCAUUACUCUCGUUAUCGUGGACGACAAUCAUCCUGCCUACCACGUUCUCACAAACCAUCGCACUCGAGAUACGGCGACCGAACUCCGCGAGACCGUAUCUGUUCCCACAGCUGUUUGUUGGGCUUUCCUACGUCUGUGCCGCGCUGAUCAUGAUGGAGCUGAGGCGUGUCAAACGUAAAGAGCGCUAAGCACAGAGGAAAAACAAUGAAGAGAAGUUUGCUGUGCAGCAUUAUCACCAUGGUAAGCCAUUCACACGCUGAGGGUUCGGGGAGACAGAGGAAGCCUCGUGUGACCAGCAACAUCAAAUCAUUUUACAAAAUUCGCUUCACAUCAGACAGCGCUCACCAUUUAGACUCAUCAUAUCCUUGCACAUACUGCAGGUAUUCACCCUUCUCACCAACCCAGCCUUUGAUUCCUCCUUCAAGUACAAGACUCUGCAUGGUCUUGUCUGAACGCUCCUCAAGGUAGUCAGCGAACCAAGCCGCAGCGCGGUUGCCACGGCCGCGCGAUGAUCCUACACAAGGUCAGCACAGAAUUCGAGUGACUCUUGGACGUAGAACGUCCUCGUCCUGGAACAAGGUAUAUGUCGAGCGUACCGCAAUACCAAAUGACACGUUGG